AUGAAGAGCAUGGGGUGCAAAGGGACCAGCACAUGCAAAGACCCCGUGGCAGGAGGCGUGUGCACGUUCGUGAGGGGCCUGCGGCUGGGGGUGGCCAUGCAGCCCUGCCCCGAAGAGCAGUACUGGGACCCGCUGCUGAACACCUGUGUCUCCUGCAAAACCAUCUGCAGCAAUCAGAAUCCACGCACCUGUGCAGCCUUCUGCAAGUCACUCAGCUGCCGCAAAGAGCAAGGCAGGUACUAUGACCAGCUCCUGGGGGACUGUAUCAGCUGUGCCUCCAUCUGUGGACGUCACCCCAAGCAAUGCACACACUUCUGUGAGAACAAGUUCAGGAGUCAAGUGAACCUCCCACCAGAGGUCAGGAGACAGCGGACCGGAGAGGCCUCGACCCGGGCAGACAACCUAGGGAGGUACCAGGGACCAGAGCACAGAGGCUCGGAUGUGGGUCCAGCCCCCCCAGGGCUAAAGCUGAGCGCCGACCAGCUGGCCCUGGUCUACAGCACGCUGGGGCUCUGCCUCUGCGCCAUCAUCUGCUGCUUCCUGCUGGCCGUGGCCUGUUUCCUGAAGAGGAGGGGGGACCAGGUCUCCUGCCAGCCACCCCCAGGGCCAUGUCGGAUGCGGGCCAAGUCCUCCAAGGCAGAUCACUGGAUGGAAGCGGGCAGCGCUGCAGGGGCAACGCCCGAGCCGACGGAGACGUGCAGCUUCUGCUUCGCAGAGUGCAGGGAGCCUGAGCGUGCCGGGAGGUGGGCGCGCCACGGCCAGAGCGCAGCCGGACAGCCCUGCGUGCGCGCCCCGAACGGUGGCCUCUGUGGCAUUGAGGUCGUGUGCACGCCCGCCCAAGAAGGAGGCCUGGCCACAUGA